GAGUAAGGCAACCUCAUGGUUCCUAGUCGGAUUCGCUAACCACUGAGCCACGCCGGGAACUCCUGUCUUGUUUUUCUUUGUAUCUCUAAAGCACCUAAUUCAGAAUGGACCUUCAGUAAUUGUUAGAACUAAACUGUGUUUUCUUCCUAAAUUGAUCUCAGCACAUAGAUUCUAACCCAGAGACCCCAUGGAUUAAAAUCCACUUUAGAAUAAUCCAAGGCUUCCCUUGUGAGCCUGAAUCCUUUGGCGUGGACAUCUGUCCAGAGUUAGCUGCCACUCUGUCCUCCACAGGCACAUCCAAGAGGAUGAGGCAUUCCUAGCCCCAGACAGACCCUCCCUGGUCAUUAUAUGUAUAUUAGGUUCCAGCAGAGGGGUGAGGGGAGAAUGAGGGAGACAGCCCAGCCUCCAGGGGGCUGUUUGCCCUCUCACCCACACCACUCUUUUGGGACCUGGUGGAGUUUCUGGUGAGAGUUUGGAAACAGUGCACAGUUGCCCUGUUUCAGGUGAUGGGGUGGGGCAGUUAAGGGACUUGCUCAAAACCUCCCCCUCUCCCCCUCCCAAACAGUUACUGAGGCCAGAAGGGCAGAAUGUGUUUUGAAAACAUCAGAUAGUCUGCAGUGGGAAGAGAGGCUGCAGGCAGUAGGGGCCACACUAGGGGUUCCACUGAGGGGUUGGGCUUUAUUAGGGAGCCUUUAGCAGUUCUUGGAGCAGGAGGAUAACAUAAUUGGGUCUAUGUUUUAGAGACCUACCCCUAGCAGGAAUGUUUAUUUGAAAAAUUCCUGAUGACUAAUGCCUGCCUUAUAACCAGUACUGCUGCCUGCUGGGAUGAAUAGCUGUCUUUUCAUGCAUCGAGAGGAACAGUCAUUAUAAAAAGCCUGAACACUGAAACCCCCUAAAGCUGCUCAUGAAAGGAGUGGAAAGAACUGGUGUAACCAGGGACCUGAAUGUAUGGAGUUGAGGGAAUUUUUAUUUGCAGCCUCAACGCCAGACCAGGAGUUGGAGGUAUCCGAUCUCGUGUCGGGAUCCAACAGAGCCUUCUCAGCCAGCCAGCACGCACCGCCACCUUCCAGCAGAGAUUUGAUGCCCGGCAGAAGAUUGGCCUCUCAGAUGCCCGGCUCAAGCUGGGAGUCAAAGAUGCCCGGGAAAAGCUUUUACAGAAAGAUGCCCGGUUCCGGAUCAAAGGGAAAGUGCAAGAUGCCAGAGAGAUGCUGAACUCCCGCAAACAGCAGAGCACAGUGCCCCAGAAGCCCCGCCAGGUGGCUGAUGCCCGGGAGAAGAUCAGCCUGAAGCGGAAUUCUCCUGCUGCCUUCAUGAGCCCACCCAUCGGGACAGUGACCCCUGCUCUAAAGCUCACUAAAACCAUCCAGGUUCCACAGCAGAAGGCCAUGGCACCAGUUCAUGCCCAUCCUGCUGGAAUGAGGAUCAAUGUCGUCAAUAACCACCAGGCCAAACAGAAUUUAUAUGACCUGGAUGAAGACGAUGAUGUAGCUCCCAUUCCUAGUAAACAGAUGAAAUUUGUAGCCCCGGGCAACUUUCUCCACCAUGUGGCUGGGCUGAGCAGUUCCAAGCUUUCCAUGUCCAAGGCCCUUCCUCUCACCAAAGUGGUUCAAAAUGAUGCAUACACAGCUCCUGCUCUCCCUUCCUCUGUUCGAACAAAAGCCUUGACCAACAUGUCCCGGACUCUAGUGAACAAGGAGGAGCCCCCCAAAGAACUGCCGCCUGCUGAGCCUGUCCUCAGCCCUUUGGAAGGUACCAAGAUGACGGUGAAUAAUCUGCACCCUCGAGUCACCGAGGAAGACAUUGUUGAGCUUUUCUGUGUGUGUGGAGCCCUGAAGAGGGCUCGGCUGGUCCAUCCUGGAGUAGCAGAGGUGGUCUUUGUGAAGAAGGACGAUGCCAUCACCGCGUAUAAGAAGUAUAACAACCGGUGUCUAGACGGGCAACCAAUGAAGUGCAACCUGCACAUGAAUGGGAACGUUAUCACCUCAGACCAGCCCAUCCUGCUACGGCUGAGUGACAGCCCCUCAGUGAAAAAGGAGAGUGAGCUGCCUCGCAGGGUGAAUUCUGCCGGCUCAUCCAACCCUCCUGCCGAAGUGGACCCUGACACCAUCCUGAAGGCGCUCUUCAAGUCCUCAGGGGCCUCUGUGACCACACAGCCCACAGAAUUCAAAAUCAAACUUUGAGCAGGGGAGCGCGACAGCCAGAGCGGGGGCAGAGGAGGGUGGCUCUGUUUCCCAAAGCAAAGCGUGUGACCAAUGGGCCGUCGGACUGGAGGCCCCUGAGUGUGGGAAGGGUCGCCAGGGGUAAAGAGCUUCCUCACUGGACGGUACCCGCCUUUCUGUGUUGUGUUCUACCCUGUGCUCUUCUCUGUGUUAACAUUUCCUUGUAGUACGUUUUUUCUCUCUCCGCCUCAUCACCAAGGUAGGCUUGUGUCGCUCAGAGUGUUCCCCUAACUUCCACCCCAACUUGAUUUUUUAAUCUGGAAAUAGUGCCCUAAAUUCCCUGGGUGGCUUUCUUGUGACCCCAUGGAAUGCAGGGCAGGGGCUGGUGGAAGGAUGCUGCUUUCUGUUUGCAAGGGUGAGGGGGUGACCCCCUUUCUCAUUUGAACUUUUCAAACAAAGCAGGGAGUGCAAGCCCCUGCCACUGUAAUGGGAACCAGGUCAGCUCAGGAGCUGCGCCGCUCGCUCUCCUGGUCGCUGGAGGUGGCCUAGGUGGGGGGUCAGGCCACAAGGCCCCCUGUCCUCUUACCACAGUUGGCUCCAGACCAGACUGGUCUAGAGAGGGCCCUAUGGCAAAGUAAAGGGAAGAGUGCACCCCUAGCUCUUGGUUUGGGGGGCCCAUGUUAUCUGAGGCAACCCAGAGGAAGUUCUUCGCGUUCACAUUUCCCCCCCCUCGCGUUAUGCCAGGUUCUCCACCCCAGCUCUCUUGGCCUUCUGGGUAUCACUGCUAGAAGGGGCUUGGUUGUUCGCCCUCCCAUUUCUCACCCAGCACACACACUCUGGUUUGGGUGCAAAUGCCAGCUCUCCACUAGUUGGAUUUUUCAGUGCAUCUCCCUCCCGUUCUGUGACACUGUGGAUCAGGGAGGUUAUUUGAAGGGGAGACAUUGACUUGCUUCUAGAUUUUUUCUGGCCUCAGGUGCAUACAAGACAAUAGUCAGGGAUCCUGAAAGGCAGCAUAUAUCCAGCAGCCACCAGGCAGCACUGUCUCCACUGUUGGGAGUGACCCAUCCAUCUGUGACCUGAGGGUUCUUUUCCUACCUUGGCAGUUGCGGGAGGGGAGCGGUGGAUGGUGUGGAGGGAGUUGAGAGAGCAGAGCAGCUUUUCCAGGUGAGCUGCUGGGUUGUUCCCUCAGCAGGGUUCCAGGCAUUCAGGGCAAAAGGGUAGAACCCCGGGGCAGCCCCUGAGUAGCAAGACAGCAUUGCUCCCCAUCCUCCUCCGCUUCCUGCUGGUUUAUUAGGACUGUAAGGGGAAUCCAGCCUGGCAAAGCUGAGUGGUGGGGAGCAGGAUCCUGGGGAGGGGGGUGGGGGCUACAGAUCAGUAGCAGGUGGUAUGAAAGGCACAAGCCAAGAAAGUGUGGAGAGGACCUGAGACACUAAGAGCCUCUGGUGACCUGCUUGGGGCCAGCCCAGUGAAGCACAACCUAGCAGCUCAUGUUGCCGCAGGGUUAAAUCUGUCGAGCAGGAGGGACCCAGGGUCAGAGCCCAUUUCAGUCCUCCAGCUCUGAGGUUGUCCAGACCUGGGAAGUCCAAGGAAUGGGCCUGAUGAUGCUCCACUUCUGGUUCUUUAAAGAAUGCUGCUGUUGUUUCCGUCUUCCCCUUUGAACUUGAGCAGCUGGAAAACAUUCCUCCUAUGCUUUCCCCUUCUUGGCCCCAGAGAGCACCCACAAGACAGUAGGAUGUGGUUUCUCAGGUCAGGGGACAGUCCAGUCACUGCUUGGGCUCUGCUUCCAGUAGGGACAGUAAGAAUCCUGCCUGCAUGGCUUUUCUCUCCCGUCCCCCCUCCAGUCCCAUGCCAGGCUGCUCUGGUUCUGACAGGGCCUCACUGAGCCCUGCCACAGCCACCUGGCCAUCUGGACCCUGUCCUCUGGGUAGCCACAUGGUACCUUGCAGGGUAGGGCCUGUUUGUCUCCCCUGUUGUACAGGGUGUCAUCGUGGGGAACAGAAGAGAAGGUGGCGGGCCAGUCCUUGUGUCCCUCUCCACCUCCCACUCCCGUCCAUUCCCCAUCCGCGUCUUGUAUUCAGAAGGAGAGGAAGAGGCAUCAAGGGAUGGAGGAAACUGUGUUACCCAUUUCUGAAUAAACGUUUGUUAUUCCU